CAUUCAAAAUUUUAAAUGGCAACAUUACAAAGAUGGCGAUUUUAUCCGUUCCGUUCCUGACAUGACAUGUCAUUUUACUGUAAUGGUGAUGCUUGUUGGUUGUGUAAAAAACUAAAAAAGUAUUUGUGUAUGUUGAAUGUUGGUAUAAUAUAAAAUGGCUGACACCGGUCUACGUAUGAAUUUCGCCGCUUUAAAGAGGGCAGAUCCAUAUGCAAGAGAAAUUAUUGACAGUGCUACUCACGUCGCACUUUAUACUUUCGAAGAGAACGAAUGGGAGAAAACGAACAUCGAAGGUGCUUUGUUUGUGUACAGUAGAAAUGGUGAACCCUACCACAGUUUGGUGAUUAUGAACAGAUUGAACACGAACAAUCUCAUCGAGCCAGUUUCUAAAGGUAUCGAAUUGCAAUUAAAAGAACCGUUCCUAUUAUAUAGAAACGCUAAGUGUCGCAUUUAUGGCAUAUGGUUUUAUGACAAAGACGAAUGCGUUAGGGUUGCGACAAAAUUGAAUUCCCUAGUAAAAGAUUCGAUGAAAGCACCCAGUGAAAUGCCGCAGAACCAAGGGUACUCGGCCCCAGCGAAAGCGAACGCGCCAGUCGACAUAUUCAGCAUGUUGAGUAAAGCUCAAGACAAUUAUAAUUCUACUAAUGGUUUGGCGAAUAAAAAUGAGUCUACACCAUCGCGGGCGCCCGACUUGGCUUCUCAAAGUGUGAUGGAUUUCUUCGCGAAAGCGGGUAGUGGUGCAGCUGCACAAAUGCCUGCAGUGUCUUCGCUCCCAUCACCGGGUAUAUUCGGGCCGCGGCCCACUGACGCGCGGGAGGGGCCUCUCUUGCUGCAGAGGCUUAUGAGUAAUCCGGCCCACUCUGUCGAGCAUAUAGAAAAACAGCAACGCUCUGUCACCCCGCAAGAAGCAGCAAAUGAAAAUAUGUCUAUGGAUCCUGUCAUGCGGCAGAACAGCUCGUAUCAGUUAAAAUCGACACCUAACGACAAGCAGAGUCAGAGAAUAAGUCUGAAGAAUAUCCAGCAGCUUGAUUGUAUAGACACCAAUGGUCCUAAUCCACUAGAGAGUGAACUUAACAUGAUGCACAUCUCAUCACCCAAGCCCACAUCUCCACUAGCUGCAUAUUUGAAUCAAUCUCAGGAGAUUGGCCAUCCAGUUGGCUCAUAUAAUGGUGGCAAGAUGGAAGAUGUUGGUAGUGUUUAUCCAAUCAUUAACUCGUUAGGCAACCAGCAGAAGCCAGCCCUGAUGCCUCCCACAAUGUUCACAGCCUCAACCGGAAAUGAAAUUCAGCCAUCCCCUGAGCCUUUGACGAGAAACCAGCUACUUCAAGCUUUUAACUAUCUUCUCAAGCAUGAUACUGACUUUGUUAACAAGCUGCAUGAGGCAUAUGUAAAAUCGUUUUCAGAAAAAGCUUUCUCUGUUUCAUAAAAUUGAUUUAUCUUGGACAAUUUGCUGUUGUCACCAGUGGUAAUUGAUGUACAGUUGUAAUUUGAAGUAUAAAUCCCCUAAAAUUGUUUAGAAUUAUUAGUUUUGUAGUUUGGACAGAGUAUUUUUAAAUAAGUUUUAAACCUUUGACUGUGUCAUUUAAGUCUGUAUAAAGGAUGAAUCUGUGACUUCAAUGAAAUGUCACAUUAAACAUUGUAACAGGAAAGCUAUUUGUGAUAUAUAUAUAUUGGCUUCACACUCGAUUGGCCUCUUGUAGUGUUCUCUAUCACUUCUGUUCUGUUAUAUCUUAAUUGACAAUAUAAAAUAUUGUGACUUAAGAAUCAUCACAACUUUUUAUUUAAUUUUUCAAGAUGGUUCACAAAAUUAAUUAACUCUUUAGACACUAUAUUAAUAUUUUGAUAUGUAAUUCAAGAAAAAAUUGAUUUCAGUUAUAAGCUUGUUGUAAAAAGUUUAACUGAAGUUCAAUAUUUCUUGAAUUUAUUAAAAUAUGCAGUUGUUGAGGUCAAUGAAAUAUUGUGAUGUUUAAUAAGGCAAUAGUAUUAAAAGAACAGUGCAAAUGCAGAAAAUGGCUUAGUUUUUUGCUAAAUCAAAUAACAUAUUUUGUUUAUAAAUGAAAGACACAAUAUAUGAAUAUGCAAAUAAUAUUCAUAAAUUAUGUUUACUUCAUAGAUAUAAUGACAUUUUCAACUUUUGAUAAAAGUAAGGACAUGAUUUUGACAAUUUGUAUUGUUUUUUAGGUAGGUAUGCAAAAAAAUUUCUAUUUCUUUACAAUAAAAUAACAAAUUUUACCACACUGCAAUAAAAAAAACUGUUUCAUACCCAAGUAUAUCUUUGAAUAUGUAGUGUUUACUUAAAAUCAUAAAAGGAUGGUUUUAUAGUUUAUACUUUCAUUCGUUUAGUCGUUCGGUACGUUGAAUCUACUGAAAAAUGCCAGGAAAUAAUUCAGCAGUUGCUCUUUAAAAAACAAUUUAUAAUCCGAUUGCAUCCAAGGUGACCACGACUCAUAAAACACUCUUUUUGUUAUGUAUUGACAUCAAUCCACAGCAGUGUUGCCAGUAGAUGGUGUAUAUAAUUUGAGUUAUAUGUUUUGUCAAAUAUUUUUUGACCCUAUGCACAAAAUUUGAUUAAAUUAUCAAUUUUUUGAACUGUAUGUAUAAUUAAAGAACUAAAUAUUCAUUAUGUACCAUCUCAGUAAUACUUGUGUUCUACAUGAACAAGAUUCUGUAUGCUAUGAAAAUAUGUAUGUAUAUAUUAUAAGCUAUUUCAUCCUCUCAGUUUAUUGCCAGUUAUAAUAUUAUUAAAGUAAUGAGCGUGUUUAUUUGCCACAAAACAAAUUAUUACUAUUUUAAUUGUAUGUAACAAAAUUAUACCAAUUUAUUUGGUACUUUCUGCUUUUUCCUAUUUAUGUAGGUAGGUAGAUACGAGUGUUGCAUGAAUUAAAAUGUAUAAUAUAUAAUUACUGUAUGGUCUGAAAAUCCUUCCAUAACUAACUGAAAUAAAGUUUCUUUAGUCGUUUUUAUUUAGAAAAGUAAAAAUAAAUUAUUUUUUUUAGUUCUACCAACACAGGUCAAACAAAUCUUCACAAUUUGUGGAAUUGAUUUCUUUUUUAUCAUUUAUGGUUUUGAUGCUUCUGCAUAUUAUAAUUAUUAUUUAACACAAUUUUAACUAACAAUUUAAUAAUAAUUGGUAUUUGAAUAAGAAGUUUAUAUGGAACAAAAUCCAAUAAUAAAGCAAGAGUUGUAAAAAAAUGAGAUUUUUAGAUUUUAACUUUGGCCUACAGUACAGUAUUUGUACCGAAAUAAAUUUGUAUUUUAAAAAAAGCUCCCGGGUAAUAAAGAAAUUACAACUGUUUAUAAAAUUACAUCAUAAUGUUAUAACUCGUAUGUGUAUAAAAUGUUUUGUAGAGUCCCGAUUAAGUUGGAAAAAAUGAUAAUUACAAAAAAUCCAAAGUAGUCUCAAAUAAAAGAUUUCAUAUUGUAUAA